AUGCCCUCCACCGCCAGCCGGCAGCGUAAGUACGCGACCAUUGUCGCGGCGAGCGUGGGGUACGCGGCUAUGCAACUCAUCAUGACGGCCGCCAAUCUCUCCGGGAUCAGCGGGGGCCAGAUCUUCCGGACGGACGACGCGCCGCUCUACCGGCACGGGCUGACGGCUCUGUGUGCGCUGGCAGGCGCGGCGUGGGUGCAGGAGGUGGGAUUAAAUGUUUGA